AUUUAAAGACUCAACAUUUAUAUUGUUCAGUGUGUUAAAUCAAACCAGACAGGAACUACUGUAAGAGGUGAAAUAUCUCACUAGAGUCAUUUCCUCGUGACUGAUAAGUUGUGGGUUGUGCUUCCCUGAACUGUUUGACCUGACACAGUUGUCGUCGCCCCCCCCUCCCCCCCCUCCUUAAAUGAGCAUAAAGUGAAUAUCAGCUGAGACGUUUCCUGCACAGAGGAUUUCAUCUGAACGACCUUUACUUCAGCUGCACAGUAAAGGAAGACGGUCGCAGAGGCACGAUGUCUUUGGGACGAAACUCCAGCAAUGAUACCUGUGAGAUUGAGGAUAGAGUCGUGUCACUCUUCUUGCCCAUCAGCUACAGCAUCAUUUGCUGUUUUGGGCUCCUCAGCAACACCUUCAGCAUCUUUGUUUUCUUCGUGCGACGCCAUGCCGAUAGCUCCAUGGCGGUGUAUAUGCGUCACCUGACGCUGGCUGACUCCCUCUUGGUCAUGAGUUUGCCCCUGAGGAUCUACUACCAUAACAAGCAGGGCCCUUUCUUCCUGUGUAAAGUGGUGGGUGUCUUCUUCUACAUUAACAUGUAUGCCAGCAUCUCCUUCCUCAGUCUGAUCAGCCUGGACCGCUACCUGAAGAUCGUUAAGCCUGUGUGGGUCUUUCGGGUACAGAAGGUGCUGUGGAGCCGCAUAGCCAGCUUCAUCAUCUGGGUGGUUCUUUUCGUAGGAACUGCCAUUUUUUUUGUUAGUAACAAGCAGAAUCACCCGUGUGACAAGAUCUGCUUCCAUUUUCACAAUAAAGGGCUGUUAGCCAGUAGCAUCAACCUGUCUGUCGUGGCGCUCUUUUUUGGCUUAUUCCUUGUGUUCAUCGUUUUCUACGUGAAGAUUGCGCUGAAGCUCAGAACCGUAGAGAUGGGAAAAAGUGACCCGAACGCACCAAACCAGAAGAAGAGACUGGUUCUGAAAACGUUCCUGGUGCCCGUGAUAUUCACGCUGUGCUUCCUGCCGUACCAUUUGGUCCGAGUGCCCUACAUUCUGGCUCAGAUGGACGUCAUCAAGGAACUACAGAGUAAGCAGCUGUUACACAUCUGGAAUGAAAGCACCCUGCUUCUAUCGGCGCUAAACAGCUGCCUGGACCCAAUCAUUUACUACUUCCUGUCCAGUAUAUACAGGAAGACGAUCCUAUGUGCCAUCCAGGGCAAGUUUAAAACCGCGUAUGACCUGAACAGGAGACGGAUCAGUAUUAAUCGAUCCAUUACGGAAAUUUAGCUCAAAGGACUUAAUAUUGAUAUUUGUAUUUGUAGGAUGUGGUAGCACAGUGGUCAAGGUGUUGGGCUACUGAUCGGAAGGUCAUAGGUUUGAACCCCAGGUCCACGAAGCUGCCGCUGCUGGGCCCCUGAGCAAGGCCCUUAACCUUCAGUUGCUCGAUUGUAAGUCACUCUGGAUAAGGGUGACUGCUAAAUGCCAUAAAUGUAAUAUUUCUGAUCUGUACAAUAUUUUAUUUUAAAUUCUGAUAUGCUUUUAGAUUAUAUAAGUUAUGUAAAGGUUUUAUAGAUAUAACUUAUGGACUCACGUAACCUUUCCCUAUGAUUCAGACCUGACCUUUUCCUCUGGAGUUUCUGAUGACGAUUAGAUUUGACAUUUUUAAAAAUGUUUUUGUGCUAAAUUCUGCACUUUGUAGCCCUGUUGUAGUCUGUAAAUAUAUCGUGAUGAAAAUGAUCAGUAGGGUCGUGAUGGCUGCAGCAUCAUCAUCCAAAACCUCCUCUUGGGAAUUUCCCACUGAAUGCGACAUGCUUCAUCUUUCAGUUUUUGUUUUUUUCCUGUGGACGAACUGGAGUCGAGGAUGUGUUCGGCAUGACAGUCAUAUUUAAUGUACAUUACUGUAGAAAGGUGUGUAUAUAGACCUAUUUAUAGAUUUAUAGUAAUAUAUCAUGUUAUCGUAUAUUUUUUUAUAUUCUGAUUGACUUUUUUUUAUGUUUUAAGGCAGAUAAAGUCAUGAAAAAAUAAAAAAUCUAA